AUGGCCGUGUCGAUACGAUAUGAAGCUGAGGUCUUGCUUCGCUUGAGGGAGUCCCCUCUCUGCGUCAAGCCUAAGGACCUACCACCACGGGACGAGUGGAUGGGUCCGCCUCCAGAACCAACUCGUCCACAGAACAAGAUCACCAACGACAGAGGAACCCCCCUUGAGCAACCUACCCGCAGGCCUGCCACAGAACGGCACGUAUCACGAAAUGGAGCAGGUUCCGAUGGCAUAAUCCUGGGGCCUCCAAGGAUGAACUUCACCUCCACGACAUUGCGAGGGAAUGGUGACAGUGAACGUACAGAGAGAACCCCGCGUGAUCCUGAAGCCCGUGACCGCUUUCUCAGGGGCAAGAUCGGUGGCGACGAUAUUAGCGACCGCUUCCGUGAUGCGAGACAGAGCGACCCCCGGCGGCGUGGGGACGGCGAUCGUGAUGGUGAGGGAUGGAGUACAGUCAAGCCGCGCAAGAGCUUCGGCCAGGAAGGUGCUGAGCGCUUCACCGGCCGCAUGGGUGGUGACCGACAGAAGGAUGACCGCCGGGCCAAGGACCGCGACGACCACGACACGCUUAGAGAUCGUCCACGCCGUGGCCUGGAUACUGAUGGCGAGGAGGGCGAAGCUCCCCGCAGAAACGGAUUGAACCGGGGUAGGUCAGAGCCUUGGUUCAAGGAGAACAACAAGACAAGCGAGGGCACCGAGCGACCCUCGAACCGCGAGCGCAUCGACAAGGCAAAGAGCUGGCGUGAGCGCAACGACCGAGGCGACCGGAACGAUCGCGACCGGAACGAUCGACACGACCGCCGGUGGGACAAGGACCGAGAUCAGCGUCCCUCAGAGCGAGAACCAGAGUGGUUGGAUGAGCCGGUCGAAGAAAAAACCCACAGCCAUACCGAAGCUGACCUGAAGAAGUUCAUGGAAUCGAUGAAGGCCAGCCGCGGAGGGGGCAAACCUGCGGAUAAAGCAGCGGAAGUACAACCAUCGGGCGCUCUUCCUGCAUUCUUCGCUGAUCCACCGGCUGUCAAGUCCGCUCCUGCUGUGGAGCGGGGUCCUGACAAGUUCUUUGAGGCCUUCGCCGGGCCCAAACUGGCCUCACUGCCUGCCACUGAGGGGGACAAGCCCGAGACAGCUAAAUUGCCCGCGGGCUUCGAUGCCCCAACCGCAAAGUCAUCUAGGUUCGCAAACCUCUUCUCUGCCCAGGCCAUCCCUCAAGCAAGCGAGUCUCGCGGGCGGACCGAGCCAAGUACACCAGCUUCUGGACCACCGCCGCCCAAUGCAGAAUCCCUGGACACUCAGCAUGGCCAGCACAACAUCGCAGAGAAAGAGGCAUUCCAAGCCUUGCUCCAGAAACUCCACCUACCGCGCCAGAAUGAGCAGCAUUCCACCCCAACACCGCCCAAUGCCGGUGCAUUCACCCAGCCGCCGCCGCAACCAAUGCAAAACAUGCCUCAAGAUCCGAUCCAGAACCUUGCCCAAGCUCUCGCUCAGAAAGCUCACGUCGUAUCACCUCAGCCAGCAGACCCAUACGGCAUGGACCGCCGCGAGGAGCCCCGCCUUCGCUCUGUUCCUCCAGGAGGACCCGAGAUUCUGGCGCCGCGUCCCAUGCCUCCGCCCAGCCAGCCCCCAUCUGCUCGCCCCGACCAGAUGCUGCAAGAUCUUCUCAGCCACCGCCAUACUGCGCAGAGCCAGGGCAGUGGCAGAGCUGAUCACCAGUCGAAUGCCAGCAGGGACUUUCUCAUGCAGCUCAUGCAGAGCGGCCGCCAUGCGCCGCCCGAGCAGCCACGCAUCGAACAGAUCAUGCGCAUGCCGCAGCCUCAGCGGCAAGCCUCCCUUCCUCAUUUCCCAGAGCGUGAGCCGGAAUUCAUACAACAGAGGGGCCCGGCGCAGCGACAGAUGCGCCCACAGGGGCCACCUGGCUUCGCCGACGAGCAGUUCCGACACUCUGAGGGUGACGGCCGGCCUAUGCACCCAACACAGAUACUGCAGAGGCCGCCUGGCCUGGACCACGCUUUGCAGCAGCAGCAGCAGCAGCAGCAGCAACAGCAACAGCAGCAGUUCAUGCAACCAGGUCAGCAGAUGCCGCCUGUGCAACGACCCAUGAUCCCGCCUCCGGGACUGAUGGGUCAACCGCGGAACGGGCCAGUGCCCGGCAUGUUCCAACCUCCCAACAUGCCCCCUGGAGUAUUCCCACCAGACAACCUCCCCGGACCACCGCGAAACAUGCAGCCUCCGCCAGGCUUUUUUGCAGGCGGCCCUCCCCCUCCGGGUGCUGGCCACAUGAUGAUGGGGGGCUUCCCUGGCCCGAACGACAUGGUCUUCGGGGCCCCCUUUGAUGGACGUGGUGGGAUGCCGCCUCCUGGUGCGGCCCCGUUCCGCCGUUAG